AUGGAAACCGAAUUUAGUAAAUUAAAUAUCUCAGGUAGAGAUUCCAAUUACAAAAAUUGUUCUUAUUGUAAUAAACCCUUUACUAAAGAAUUAUGGUGUAAAGAAUGUGACCCAUUUAGAAUAAUUGAAGGAUGGACAAGUGAAAAUCCUGAUAUUAAUAAGUUUAUAAAAGAUACUAUUUGUAAGCCAGGAUGGGUCAAUAAAUAUAGCUACAAGUUUCUUGAAUGGGUACCAUAUGAGAGGUUUACAGAUAUAAAAGAAAUUGGUGAAGGUGGAUUUGCCAAAGUAUAUUCCGCAACUUGGAUUGAUGGUAAAUCAUCUUAUGAUAAACAAAGUGAUGGAAGUUGGAAAAAACUAGAACCUAAAUCUAUGAAUGUUGCCUUGAAAAGGCUAAAUGGAUCAUAUAGUAUGUCAAAUAAAUAUUUAAAUGAACUUAAGAUACAUUGGAAUAUAUCUAAAAAUAACGGAUUGAAGUUCUAUGGAUUAACUAAAGACCCAGAAACUAAAGAAUUUAUGAUGAUUAUAGAAUUUGCUGAUAAAGGAAAUUUGAGAAGUAUUCUCUUAAAUAAUUUUAACGAUUUUAUGUGGAAAAAUAAAAUUCGUUUGUUAUGGGUUAUAUUAUAUGACUUAAACAAUUUACACAACUCUGGAUAUUUACAUAAGGAUUUUCAUAGUGGAAAUGUCUUAAAAACUAGGGAUAACGAAUAUAUUUCAGACUUUGGAUUAUCUGGACCAGUAAAUGAACAAAAAUCAGAUGAUAAAGUAUAUGGAGUAAUGCCAUAUAUUGCACCAGAAGUAUUAAACGGAGAACCACAUACAUCAUCAUCCGACAUUUAUAGUGUAGGUGUAAUUAUGGCUGAAUUAUCGUCUGGAAAACCACCUUUUUACAAUAAGAAACAUGAUUUAAGCUUAGCAUUAGCCAUAUGUAAUGGACUCAGACCAGAAUUUGGAAAAGAAACUCCUGAAUUUUAUAAGAAAUUAGCUUAUAAAUGCAUGAAUGCAAAUCCAAAUGAAAGACCAACAACCGAAAAAUUAAAGAAUAUAUUUUAUUUUUGGUAUAAUACUAUUAUAGGUGAGAAUGAAGAAGAAGAAGAAUUCGGUUAUAAAGGAAACGAAGUUAAAGCAGGAUUUGAAGAAGCUGAUAAAGAAAUACCAAAUAUCUCAACUUCGUAUAAAAAGAAUUCAGAUGCCGUAUAUACUAGUAGAGCGUUUACAUUUAGUAAUUUAUUACCAAAACCCGUUAAUUCAUCCAUUAUUACUUCAUAUGUUAAUAAUGAAGUUUGUGACUCUCAAUUAAUCGACUUGGAAGUAUCAAAUUCAAUACCAUUAAGAGACAUUGACGAUGAAAGUAAAGUUGAAGAUUUAGUGAAUUGA